AUUCUGUGAAAACGAACGAAAAAAGUCAGUCUCCAUCUUAAAACAUUUGUCACAUUCGGAAGGUAAACUUUGGCUCAGGUUGAAACAUUUCCAGAAUUAUUAAAAAAUGGCCGGUGAAGUAGCAUCUGCAAGCGCUAGCUUACCACGUCCCGUAUUGAAAGGUCGUCAUGCCCAAUUCAUGAAGAAACAUUUGGCAAUUGGUAUUGGUAUGUCACUAGUAAGUGUUUACCUCACCAAAGUGUUCGUCAAUGACAAAAGAAAGGCUGCCUAUGCCGAAUACUACAAAAACUAUGAUAUUGAGGAAAAUUUCCAUCGCAUCCGUAAGCUUGGAUGGUUCGACUCGUGCAGCGCCGAUGAUGAUUAAAUAAUUUAAUGCAUAUAGUUUCCAUUUAGAAAACAACCAAACUUAUCCAAAAAAAUAAAUAAACAAACAACACCGAAGCAUUUAGCGAUUCUGGUGGAACCGAUAAUCCAAUCAACCAUUGUGAAAUGCAUUAAAUAAAGUCUUGUAUUUGUUUGGCAUUUAUUGAUUAAA